GGGCAGCCCCGGGGCAGCCGGUCGGUGUGGGGGGCGGUGGGAGCGGGACGGGAGAGCGGCCGGUGACAGCGGAGCCCUGAGGAUGCGGGGCCGGAUCCCGGGAAUCUGCGGAGUCCUGAGGAUGAGGGGCCACAUCCUGGCCCUGCUCGGCCUGGCCCUGGCCUUGGCAUCGCUGCUGCCCACGGCCGGAGCACGCCGGAGCCAGGACCUGCACUGCGGAGCCUGCCGGGCGCUGGUGGACGAGCUGGAGUGGGAGAUCGCCCAGGUGGAUCCCAGAAAAACCAUCCAGAUGGGCUCGUUCCGCAUCAACCCCGACGGCAGCCAGUCGGUGGUGGAGGUGCCGUACGCUCGCUCGGAGGCGCACCUGACGGAGCUGCUGGAGCGCGUGUGCGAGAAGAUGAAGGAGUACGGCGAGAAGGUGGAUCCGGCCACGCACCGCAAGAGCUACGUCCGGGUCAUCUCCCACGACGGCACCAAGAUGGACCUUUCCGGAGUCAAAUUCGACGGGGAUGUGACCUCCAGCCUGAAAUUCGCGUGCGAGAGCAUCGCUGAGGAAUACGAGGAUGAGCUCAUCGAGUUUCUCUCGCACGAGGCUGAGAACGUCAAGGACCGGCUCUGCAGCAAGAGGACGGACCUGUGUGACCACGCGCUCCACAUCCCACACGACGAGCUGUGACUGCCUCCUCCGGAGUAGGGACCGGGACAGCGCCGGGACCCAGCGGGGUGUCCCCGGGACCCAGCGGGGUGUCCCCGGGACAGACGGAUCUGCCAGGACCUCCACAGCUCCGGAGCCGCUGCCUCACCCCGUGCGGAGCUCCCGUCCUAUUUAUUCCCCGUCCGGGGACACCGGGACAGCCACGGGGCCAGGGCCACGUCCUCGCUCCUGCAGGGACAUUUCAGGGACAUUCCUGCCCCGCUGCUGGGGGACGCGGGGGAGACGCUGGGGCUCAGCCCCCCAUGGGUGGGGGGUUUGGGGACCCCCCUCCCUGCUGCAGGCAAUAAAGGGGCCGUGGGCCCACCCGAGGGCA